GGAUCCGCGAAUUCAACCUCGCCCGCAAGGCUUCGUUAUCCAGCGGCAGCGACAAAAGUCCGCAUUACUAGUUUCGCCUAUUGGGGGCGUGGCUCGUUCUUGUGGAAAUAAGGCGGCGAACGCCGCCCUAGUACGUCAUCAAGGCGCGACGCGCGCCAAUCCUGCUGAGUAUGGCCGAGGCUGGGGAGUCCGUUAAAGAGGAUGGUCUUCUGCCCGUUGUGUCUUCCCCCUCUUCCGUUGAGUCUUCCGCCGUUGCUAUAGAAGUGGCGGAACGCCAGGAGAAAGAACCGGCCGACAUCAAAGAGGAAGUACAGAUUGUAGAGAUUAAAUGCAAAGAAGCAUGUGAAUUGAUCCCUGGAGAAUUAGAGGACUCUACAUCACAAUCAAUUGCAGCCAAGAAAAUAAAAAUAGAGAUAAAGGAGAAAAAAGAGAAAAAAAAUAAAGUUGAUGAAGAUGAAAUUCAAAAAAUGCAAAUUCUGGUUUCCUCUUUUUCUGAAGAACAGCUAAAUCGAUAUGAGAUGUAUAGACGAUCAGCUUUCCCUAAGGCUGCUAUUAAACGGCUGAUCCAGUCAAUUACUGGAACCUCCGUGUCUCAGAAUGUUGUUAUUGCCAUGUCAGGAAUUUCUAAAGUCUUCGUUGGAGAAGUAGUUGAAGAGGCGUUAGAUGUAUGUGAAAAGUGGGGAGAAUCACCACCUCUGCAACCCAAGCAUUUGCGUGAAGCAGUCAGACGACUGAAAUCACGAGGACAGAUUCCAAAUUCAAAAUAUAAAAAAAUUCUUUAUCACUGAAGAGGAAGCGAAAAAAAGUAUCUUAAGUGGACUGGAGAUGUUUUCAUUGAAAUGAAAAAGACUUCGGAGAGUAUGUUCAGCUUACUUAAAACCAUCAAGUUCUGCAAAAUUAAGGUGUUCCUUGUGCAAUAAUUCUGAGUGGGUAAUGAUAAGACUAUAUUACAGGUAUAUUGUACUAGAUAUAAAAACAUUUUCUAAGUAGGCAAAAUAAGAAAUGAUGUAAUAAGAUUACAUGAAACUUCUGAAACAUGGUUUUUUAAAAAAGGAAAUAAAAGUUUUUUAAAAACA